CGGCGCCAUUCCUGGGGAGCGACCCACAUGACCCACGCACUGACAAGCCGUACCUUGCCAUCCCACCUCGACCUGGAUGGUCCUUGAUGGCAACUCCAGCCAUUUGGACGCCCCUUUAUCUGCAACAGACGGCGGCUUUAUUAUGGACCUUGGGCCCGAGAUGUACAAUAUGCCCUUGCAGCCAUACGACGCAAUGCCCUUCGGCACCAUGAUCGCCUCCCAAAUUUCGAACACUGCCCUAGUCGACAACGCCUCGAGCACACACUCGUGGCUAAUGUCCCUACCCAGCGAUCUUACCACCUUUUCCGACAUUGCCACCGCGUCGAUACACACUAGCCCUAGGGGAAUUACGCCGGAGCCUUCGUCGUCAGCACUUAGGUGCCAUAGCUACCAUCACCUUCAGCAGCAACACAGCUCGGAGAUACCGCAGCUCGCCGGCACGAAACGCAGGCAUAGCGAGAUUCACGUGCACAGCACAGAGUCGCCAGAUGUAACGGCAAGCUUCGCGGCGCAGUCUACGCCGUCAGAUACAACGGCCCUUCCAAGCAGUAAUAAGAAGACGAUGAUACGCGAGAAGAAACGAAGAGCUGCGACCAAGUAUCGCAACAAGACGAAGUGUGAAAUUACAAAGCUCCAAGAGACAAAGAAACAGCUCUCCAAGAAGAACAGUAUCCUAAGCGCCCACGUCAAGGAAUUACGCGAUGAGAUCCUCGCUCUCAAGACGGAGAUCCUGCGGCAUGGCACUUGCAAGGACCAGGUCAUCCAGGAUUAGAUCUUGGGGAAGGCUAGGAAGUUAAGUCUAGAUUAGGAAAGAGCCAGUUCAUAUAACUCUUUCGAACCAGGCGGUACAAUCUCGAGCCCCUGUUUGGCUGCAGCCUGCGAAGCAGAGCACGGGCUGGCCGGGCUGCGGCUGUCACUUCGCAGAUUGGCUACCCAGAGUGAGACAGACAUUCUAACACGUCAUACAAGCCGACAUGAUGCAGGCACCUCCAUAGGCUCGAAGAGGCACAAAGCAAAUAACGAA